UGCUAUUGGGAGCCACAAACUUACUACACCACAUAACUCUGAAGAGAGUGAUUGCCUCGUCUGCUGGAAUGGCUCAGUUACUGAGCUGGUCAUGUACACCGCUGCUUCUGCUGCCUCUUAUUGGAAUAUGUUUCACAAAAUCAGAAAGAGCAGAUGGAGUGAGGUCUGAAGUCCACAUAUUCCAUCAUUCAUGCGCCCUGAAGAAAGACGAAGGGCCAUGCAAGGCAAUAAAGGACAGGUUCUACUUUGACUUUGACACAGGUCGUUGUGAGCUCUUUGAAUACGGAGGCUGUCAAGGCAAUGCAAACAAUUUCGAGACCCUACAGGAGUGUGAGGAAAUGUGUCUUGUGAAAGCUGCCUCAAACCACAUGGAACAAAAUGCUCCAUUAAAGCCAGAAGAAGAACCCAAGCCCAAGACAGAACCUCUCGCUAAACAUGUUGAAGCUCCAUUGAAUGCAUCACAUUUGCCAACGCGGAGAGUGUACAAACCAUCUGCACAGGAAGCAGAAUUCUGCUUGAGUCCAGUUGAUAGAGGUGAUUGUGAUGGCUCUGAGAGGAGAUACGUGUACAACCCCAGGACUAAGAGAUGCCAGAUGUUUCGCUACACUGGCUGUGGAGGCAACAAAAACAACUUUGUCAAUAAGAUACACUGCAUGAAAAAGUGCAUGAAAGGUCACAGGAGGAGGCAAAUACGGAUAAAGAUGAGGAAAUCAAAUACCUUAUUUCGAUCUGUCUAGGACAUAUAUUUUUCACAAUACCAAAUCCUAAAUCACUCUUCAGAGAGAAAAUAAGAAACCGCAGCAUGUGCUAGUACAGUACAUCGCUGUCCCACACAUUAUUGUCAUGUAUAUCAUUAUCACAGUUAAUGGAUUUUAAUCUAGACUUUAUAUAUAAAGACAUUAUAUGUAUUUUCAGUCUAAAACGUAAUCACUGUGUCUUAUGGGGAGAAAGGAAAAAAUUGCAUACAAAAAUUACUCAUCAUCUUUAAUGAAAAAUACAUUACUUGUACAAUUUUAUUUCCACAGUGCCACUUAUGGAUGCACUAAGACUGUUAUAAAAAUUUGCUGAAGAUUCUAAAUCCUUUUUCUUUCUUUUCCUUUAUUUUUUAGUAAAAAUGUUCAAACACUAAUUCCUAGUCUUUGAAUGUGUUUAUACAGUACAUUUCAAAAUGUUACACUGGAAACAGAAGUUGAGUCUAGCAUAGAAAUGUUUAUAAAAAUGUGACCAACAUCAUCAAUUACCACUUACAUGACUGCAUAAUUUACUAACACCUUACCAAUAGAGUACCAGCAAUUCCAUUGUUCCAUUGUGUUCUUGGACUUACUGAUGGUUUGAAAAAGGAAAGCACAUAAAACUGCUUACAACUCUACACAAGAUGGAGCUGUUACUCUUAAGACAUUUUGCUAUUCACUACUAGUGGUUAAAAUGCCUUUACAUGUACUCUUAUUAAACAAUUGUAUUUCAA